AUGGUCGAGCCGAGGAGGCGCCUACCGCCUGACGAUUCGGCAUUGCUAGAAUUCCAACCGUAUAACAAAAUAAACAAGAGACCUGAUCUGAUUAGAUUCAUUCGCACCUUGGACCCUCAUGUCAAGCUUGCCUCCAAGCUCAAGGUUGACGAGCUCCGCGACAUUGCCCAAGAGUUCCUAUCCGAUCUUAAUGCUCGUCAAGCGCAAUCGAAUUCCCCUGGCUUAUCCUCCUCGUCUCUCUCCGACGUUCCCGACCAACCUUCCGAAUCCGCAAGAGUGAUCAAGUCCCACACAAUCCCUGAUACGCCUUCUCCACCACCCGCCCAAGCUGCUCGAUCUCCGGCCAGAAACACUCAAUCACCAGCCAGAUCCCCGGCCAGAAGGACUGCUCGAUCGCCGUCGAGAUAUGCUGCUCCAAAAACACCCACAAGAAGUUCCAAGCGCGCCGCCCGCCGGGACCUGUCUCAAUCACCGGCGAGAUCUCCAUCCCCGGCCAGAAGGACUGCUCGAUCACCAGCAAAAGAUAAAGUCAAGACGUACCAAGGAGCCAGUAGUCGCAUACUCCAAAACCUCAACUCGUGCUCGAUCCCCGGCAAGAAAUUCCAAGGUAUUGGCAUCCUCCAAAACCUCAACUCGUGCUCGAUCCCCGGCAAGAAGUUCCAAGCGCACAGUGUCGAGGCCUUCCAUCUCGCCGUCUCCAAGAGCUCCUCCGCGUGGAAGAUCUCCAGCCAGAUCAUCGAAGCGCAGAUCAUCCACCCCGUCUAUAUCCCCAUCCCCAAGAGUCCGAUCCAGAAAAGCGGACACCCCCUCUCGAAAGCGAUCAAAAAGAUCACCAGUUCGAUCGCCGAUCAGCCCCCGGCAAUCAGUGAAGAUAGUGGAGAAGAAACUUUGUCCGAAGAUCUCUCUGAAAAGAACUCGACAGACUCUGCCUCUUCCAUCAGCGACCGCGAAUCUGAGUCGGAUGAUGCAGCCCCCGCGAGAGGUGCCAAAGGCAAAAUGAAGGCCCCAACCACACCUAGGAAAAAAAAGAACGUUCGUAACCGGCCCAGGCACAGAUCAGCACGGCCGUUAAAGUCUGCCCUUGCCGUGAAAAAAGGCAAGAAGAAGAUGUCCAAGAAGGAACGCGCUCUUGAGAUUAUAUCUAAGGUCAAAGAGUGCUACAGCGAUGGACAUCGUUAUCACACCCGCUCGGGACGAGUACCGCCAUCAGCCUCGUUCGAUUACUCCCCUCCAAAUCAUCAUCGUCAACCCCCGGAUCAGAUCUAUUAUGCUGAAGAAGGACGCUAUGCUGAAGAGGGAGGCGAGGCGCUCUAUGCUGAAGAGGGACAUGUCCCACCGACGCGAGCUUACAACCAAUCCAAUCCAUGCCCUAAACGGAGGCGAUAUGUUCAACUUCAAAUGGGAAGGGAAACUUUUGCCGCCCCGCAGCCUGAUCAGCAUCGGCACAAUGCAAAUUCUUCUGAAUGGCGUUUCACUCCGGCCCCGGUUCCCUUCUGUUCAAAUCCUACAGAAACCCAGUCGUAUUCUUCUCACUCAGCGCCGACCUACAACCAUCAACCUUGCCAGCCUGGUCCAGCUCAUGUAGCCCCGUCUUACGGAUAUGAGCCGCCGCCUUUUGCGAGUACCUCCCAGUCCAAAUUUCCACAUCAGUCAUCGUCCACACACUUUGAUUAUUCGCCGCAGGCAUUUAACCAUGCGCCACAGGCUACAAGCAAUCCCAAGACGCGGGCCCCAAGUGGCCCAAAGCCGUUUGAUUAUUCACAGUACUGGAAUCCUAGUGCCCAAUCUUACCAGUUCCCGUCACAAGGUAAAACAAACGCUCAGCUAAACACCCAGUCGACCCAGUCAUUCCACUUCUCCUGCCCCUCCAGCACGCAGGGAAAAUCCCAGCCCCCCACCCAGUCAGCGCAACCUCCGACCAGUCAAUUCGGCCAAGGCCCUCCGCCUUCAACGUCAGCGCAACCUCCGACCAGUCAAUUCGGCCAAGGCCCUCCGCCUGCAACUAAUUCACAUAGUCUUUUUCACCAGCCGGCGCCGCCUCCUACAACUGGUCAAUUCGGCCAAGGGCCUCUGUCGACUAAUAGUUUAUUUGGCCAGUCAGCGCGGCCGCCGCCGCCCAGCCAGUUCAGCCAAUCAGCGCUGCCACCUUCAACAUCAGCGCUGCCACUGCCGACUAGCCAGUUCAGCCAAUCCGCACCGCCGCCUCCGCCGCCAGCUAGAUGUGGAGCCCAGGCAGCACCGCCUUCCAACCAAUCCGCUCCGCCGCCUCCGCCGCCUAGUCGCUUUGGAGGCCAGGCAGCACCGCCUCCCAAGCAACAUUCUGCUAGUCUGUUUAGCCAGCCAUCAUCGACUAGUCUGUUUGGUCAGCAAUCUUUGACUCUGUUUGGCCAGACAUCUUCGACUGGCAUGCUUGGCCAGUUGGCCCCACCAUUUGGCCAGACAUCUUCGACUAGCAUGUUUGGCCAGUUGGCCCCACCACAGUCAAAUGGUCUGUUUGGCUCGUCGGCCCCACCACCGCCCCCACCCAGCCGAUUCGGCCACUCAGCCACAACGAUAGGCCAGUCCAACGCUGAACCUACGACGAACAACCCGUUCAUGCCAUCGAAUAAUCACAUUUUAAAGUCAGCCCUCAAAUCAAAUCCGCCUCAACACACUGAUAUACGAUCGCAAAGUAAGUUUGCUCAACGAGCGCAACUGAAAGCUUAUCAUUUCAAUGUUCCUUCUCCCCCUACUUCACCUACGUUGGUUGCUCCACAAGAUCCCAAAGUCAAUGAACUAUGCAGCGGUAUUUCCCGGCUUGACAUCUGGCGUCCAGUUGUUCCCAUUCCUCGAAAACGUGUCCACUUCACUGACGCCGAAUCUUGCUUGAAUGCCGCGCCUCAAAUAUUGGCUGAUUUCCUAGGCAAUCAUAAUCGUGUUGACCAAAGCUUCCAGCCAUCGCCCGCUGAGACAAGGACAAUAGUUACAUCUGCUCCACACCCUGCCAUCGGGCUCCCACCCCUGCGAUCGAGUCCUCCAACCACACACAGCCUUGCCGCCACAAACGACUUUCUGCCGGCACAGACAGCCAUCGAGCCCCCGCCCCUGCAAUCUUCUACCCUGCCUGCCACAUCGAAGCCACUGGCAUCUCGCAUAGAUCCCGCCCCUCUCACACACACCCGUCAAAACUUUCCGCCUGCACAAAACCCUCCACCUGCACACCAUUUCUUCAAGUCCACCCAUACUAGCGCUCCAAAGCUUUUAGGAACACUACAAUGGAUAAGGAUAGGAUACUCAAAAAAUCGGAUGCUCCCUCUCCCGGACAGGCCCGACCGCGGCCGCCAUCAUCUUUCCUUAGGCGAUGCCAUGCCGCUCGCAUCGCCGACAGACUGCGACGAGCAGCAGAAAGGAGAUCCAGGCACAAAAAGCUCCCUUAUGUUGACUGGGAAGCAAAGAUUUCAACUCUCAACGAAUUGUGCGCUGAAGGAUCGCAAUCUGCUCGUCCCGGAGGACCCCGCCACCCAAGGGGGACGUUCACCCGCAGGUCUCCACCGAUGUUCAUCAUCCUACGUCGACCACCACGCCGCCCAAUCGCCCCAGUCCGGCAAGAGGGGAGACGCGAUCGUCGCAGUGGCCCCUACGCUGCGAGCAGGCGCAACCGACCCAGCAGACUAUCGACAGGUGGAAACUGAAUCAUAG